CCCAACGCUUCCAAGAAAAACCUCUUACCAAUAGGAAGCCUAGCCGUUUCAGCCUUCAGGAACCACCCCCCGUCCCCAAUCGAUCAGCGGCCUGAAGAACUCACCGGCGGCGAUAUGGGCGGCCCGGAAAAGGCGGGGAAUGAAGGGAAGAAGCAGCAGCCGGAAGCUCCCAAAGCGACGUCGUUUGAUCUGGACGAUUACAAGAUUAUCAAGGAAGGCGAAGCCGAGAUUCUUAUGCACGCCAAUAAUGUAGUCUUUUACAACAAAGCCCAGGUUAACAACAGAGAUAUGUCUAUUGCUGUUCUGAGAAAAUUUAUAGUAAGACGGAAGCAAGAGCAGGAAGCACUUGUGGCAAGAAAAACAAAGACAGCUUCAAAGGAUACAGAUAAUUCUGAUACUAAACUUGGUUCUCCAGUCCAUUUUGAUCAAGAUAAUGGAGCAUCAAACAAUGGGCAUGAUGAAGUCACAAAAGAGAUGUCUCAGGAUGAGCAGUGUAGCAUUUCAGAAGAACCAACAAAGAGUCUGGGGGGAAAAUGCAGAGAGCUGAAGCCACCACGGAUCCUUGAGGCACUAUCAGCUUCGGGUUUGAGGGCUUUACGAUAUGCACGUGAAAUUGAAGGGAUUGGUCAAGUUGUUGCCUUGGACAAUGAUCCGGCCUCUGUUGAAGCUUGUCAGAGAAACAUAAAGUUCAAUGGUUCUGUGGCCUGUGCAAAGGUUGAGUCUCACAUUGACGAUGCUCGAGUUUACAUGCUCACUCAUCCAAAAGAUUUUGAUGCGGUUGACCUUGAUCCAUAUGGUUCUCCCUCUGUGUUCCUUGAUGCUGCUGUUCAAUCAGUUGUUGAUGGAGGCAUAUUAAUGUGUACUGCAACUGAUAUGGCAGUGCUGUGUGGAGGAAAUGGGGAGGUCUGCUAUUCGAAGUAUGGCUCCUAUCCACUUAGAGGGAAAUACUGUCAUGAAAUGGCAUUGAGGAUACUUCUUGCCUCCAUUGAGAGCCAUGCAAAUCGACAUAAAAGAUAUAUUGUCCCCAUAUUGUCAAUUCAGAUGGACUUCUAUGUGCGGGUCUUUGUCCGUAUCUAUACUUCAGCAAGUGCUAUGAAAAACACUCCUUUAAAGCUGUCAUACGUGUAUCAGUGCAUCGGCUGUGAUUCUUUUCAUCUGCAGCCAAUUGGAAGAACUGUCUCAAAGGUAUUAUUAUUAAAGUUCAUUUAAUCUUCAUUACAUUUUUCCCACAUUCUUGCUACAAAAAUGGGACCAGGAUGUAAGGUAACAAUCCUUUAUGUUUGUUAUUGGUUUUUAUUUUCGUGGCUUCCCAGAUGUUUGACCCAAGAUUAUGUUCUAUUUUUCAUGAGUGAGGAUGAGGUGGAAGCUUAAGCAUUUAACCAUUACGUUUUAUGCAUUUUGAGAUUACAUAGUUGUUUUUUUGCCUUUCCCUAGAACAACAGUGUGAGAUUUCUUCCUGGGUUUGGUCCUACAGUACCACAAGAGUGCAGUGAUUGUGGUAAGAAGUUCAACAUGGGUGGACCUAU